AUGUUCUCGACCAUCUUAACCAGCCUAUUGGCGCUCUCCGCCUCGGUGACCGCUCGGUCUGUCGAGACACGAUCCCUCACUCCUCGCUCUAUUACCCCUCCCGAAGGAUGUCCCAUUCCGACCUGGACGGUCGACAACUUCCGCUGGUUCAAUGGCUCCGAUAGCUUGGACUGCAUUCAUAGCGAGGUCGACAAGAACGCGAAGGGCUGUCUCUGUGGCCGGGACUGGUGCGAGCCUAACCCGGACACGUGCAAUGGCACCAUGGUCAACGUUUGCUACACGGGCAUGCCCAACUAUCAGCCCUGGGGCUACGGCCCUCCCCAGACGCUGGCGAUCGAUUUUGAGGAUGGCCUGCACUGCGGCGAUACAUACAUCGGCUAUCGCAUUCACGACAUUGCCCAUGGCGAGUCCAACUGCGGAUAUGCAGACCGCAGCCUGGGCCGGAUCGUCUCGUUCUACGGCAGCUCCAACGAGGCGACAUCGACUGGCCGUAUGGACUACGUGUUGGGCGGUGGCCAUGCGCUGGAGUGCGCCAAUGGUAGCAAGAUUACCUACUCCGGCAGCACCGAUUUCACGUUGAACUGCGUGCAUGAUGAGUUCUUCAAUGCGACUUGUACUGCCGCGCCCUUUGAGGUGCCCGUGCUCAGUUACUCUUGGGUCAACUAA